CAGCAAUCAACCACUAGACCACAACAAACACACCAACUGCCGAAAGAGAUCAUCCAUUAGCAAUGGCGGAGUUCGCGCUUGGUUUAACCAAGACGGCGGUGGAGGGGACGGUGAGCAGGGUGAAGUCGGCGAUCGAUGAGGAGGCGAACCUCAAGGUCAGGGUGCAGAAUGAUCUGGUAUUCAUCACCGGGGAAUUCCAGAUGAUGCAAUCAUUCCUUAACAUCACCAACAAGGAGCGCACCAACAAUGAAGUGGUGAGGACAUGGGUGAGGCAGAUCCGUGACCUUGCCUUCGAUGUGGAGGACUGCGUCGAGCUUGUCGUCAGCCUCGACAUCAAGUCAGGCUGGUCCUGGCUCUGGCGCUUGUUGCCGGGCUGCAUGGCACCGCCUCGACUCCUCGACGAUGCAGUCCCCAACUUACAACAGCUCAAGGCGAGGGUCGAGGAUGUCAGCAACAGGAACACCCGCUACAGCCUCAUUGGCGACUCUAGCACUGACUCCCAGACUACUGCACGAGUACCUACCGUCUCAACAUCGCCGGCACCAGACCUUCUGCACAACACCGACCCAUCGUCCUCCGCAUUCCACAUCUUACGCGAGGUGUGGGAGGCCACGGGGAAGAUGCAACGAAACAUGAGCGACCUCAAAGAGUUGAUCUCCAACGAAGGCAACGACCUUCAGGUGAUCUCGCUAUGGGGUAGCCCAGGAUCAGCUUCUGAUCUUGGGACGACGUCCAUUGUCAGGAAGGCGUACAACGAUCCAGAAAUCUGCCAACAAUUCAAAUGCCGUGCCUGGGUAAAGCUUAUGUGGCCUUUUAACCUUGACGAUUUCCUCAAGAGCUUGCUCACUCAGUUGUACGCCACCUCGUCUCACCGCCAAGCAAACUUGGAAACCUGCUUUCGGACAACAGAAGAGUACCAUCGCAUCAAGGCCGAGCUUAUGCAGCAGAUGAGCCAGGAGAGGUAUCUCAUCAUUGUGGAACAACUAUCCACCGUUAUAGAGUGGGAUGUCAUCAAACUGUAUCUGCCACACAGUAAAAAUGCCAGUCGGAUUGUCGUUACGACACAACAGUUGGAGCUUGCACUUUCCUGCACAGGGGAACCUUACCAAGUAUCGGAGCUCAGACACUUCUCCAAUCGUCAAUGUCUCUGUGCCUUCUCUAACAAGGUUACUGUUGUAGCAGAUGAGGCCGUUGACAGUAUUGACAAAGAGGCGAAAGAACGACUGGCAAAGUUUUUGUCUUCAAACCUCAUUGAUUGGGGCGGACAGAAAACAUUAGAGACUAAAUGGUACAAGCACGUGCACGAGAGGAGUCACGUUUUAUCCAGUAGAAUGGUACAGGCACAUGACUGGAUCACCAAAUUUAAACUCACUGGGCAUUUGACUGAGAAGAGGAGCCUUGUCAGUGUUUUAUGGAAGCCAAGUCCUAGUGUGAUCGCUGUGUGGGGGGUGGCAGGGGUCGGGAAAUCAGCUCUAGUCAGACUCUUCUACUACAUGAAUAUCAUCGGUUUAAGGGGAGUGAAUCCACUAUAUUCGGUUGUUUCUAUGUUUCGUGACAGCUUCCUAGACCAAGUCACAAAGUACAGCUGGGUGGAUGUGCCCCAUCCGUUCAAUAUGACAGACUUGUCUAGACGUUUACUUUUGGAUUUUCAUUCAGAUGAUGCUGAGGCCAAAGAAACUGAAGCACGCGGUAUCAUGGAAGGGCAGGACCCAAUUCAAAGGUGUCGCAAACUUAUGCAUCAAGAUAGAUGCUUCGUUGUUAUUGAUGGCCUUCGAGCCAUGGAUGACUGGGACUUCAUUAAAACAGCCUUCUUAUCUGAGCCUAUUAAAGGUUGUGUAGUUGUCAUUACAAAUGACGAAACUAUCGCAACACAAUGUGUAGACAAAGAAGAUCAUGUGAUCAACGUUAAAGGCCUAGAAGCUUACACAUCGUUUCAGCUCUUCAGAGAGAUAGCUUGGGGCCAGAAUGAGCCGACUUCCAAUGAGGAGGAGCUUUCAAAACUUAUCAUGGCCAAGUGUGGUGGGCUACCCAAAGUAAUAACAGCUAUAAGUGAGUACUGGCGCGUAGAGCGACGGAGAAGUAACAGCCAACAAAAUGAAUUAACAUUGAAGACUAUAAAUGCUAACUUCAUGGGCAUGCUGGAAGGUGACUCAAGAUUCCAUAGUUUAAGGGGUCUAUUUUCUUGGAUGCAAUCCUACUUUGAUGCUUGCCCCGAUUCGCUCAAGCCAUGCAUAUUCUAUCUAUCAGUCUUUCCUUUAGGCCACAAUAUUAGGCGAAAACGUUUGCUGAGGCGGUGGAUCGCCGAGGGUUACUCCAUGGACACACCUAGUAGUACCGCAGAAGAAAAUGGGGAAGAGUUCUUCUCCAAGCUUGUCAAGUUGAGCAUAAUCCAGCAGCAGGGGCAGAUGCGACAACACUCACCAAGCAAGGCGAAGAAGUGCCAAGUCAAUGGUUUUUUUCGUGAAUAUAUCAUAUCUCGGCCAAUGCAAGAUAACCUUGUGUUUGCACUCGAGGGGCGUUGCAUUCUCAACACGCAACGUGCUGGACAACACCUCACCAUAAGUAGAUGUUGGGACAGAGACAAGAUUCUAUUCGAGAGCCUGGAAUUGUCACGUCUACGGUCGUUGACAGUGUUUGGAAAGUGGAUGCCAUUUUUCAUGUCUGCCAACGUCAAUAUGAGAUUUCUCCGUGUGAUGGAUCUAGAGGACACGUCAGGUGUAGCAGAUGAUGACAUGGAACAGGUCGGGAAGCUACUGCCACACCUCAAGUUCCUCUCUGUACGAGGAUGCCAAGAUAUUACUCGUCUCCCAAAUUCAUUGGGUGGCUUAAGGCAGCUGCAAACUCUGGAUAUCGAAGGCACCUCCGUGAUUAUGUUUCCAGCUGUUAUCAUGAAGCUAGAAAAGCUGCAGUACCUUCGUGCUGGUCCCAUUCGUUGUACAUCAACAUCAUCAGAAGCGAACACAAGCGUGGUCCCAUUAGCAGGAUCACCAGUGGACGGCGAUGGUGAUGGCACGAACACAAGCCAACCACAGCCGGCAGUAUCAACAGAAACACCACCAACAGCAUGCUGUGAUGGCAUGAGCACAAGCCAACCAUCAGCGGCAGCAUCAGAAGUAACAACACCACUGCCAGUGGACAGUGAUGGCACGAAAACAAGCCAAACACCUGCUGUAGAAUCAGCAACAUCAGCACCAGCACCAGCACCAUCACCAGCACUAGCGGACAAUGAGGGCGCAUAUGAGGCCACCACCAGCACAACCCAGCCACCAACGACAGCAACAACAUAUGAGGCGGAGGAGACAACACCUUUGAUCUGCAGGCCACGUGGUGGCUUGGUAUUCAGUUGGUUGUCCAAAUUGCGUCAUAGGAGCAACCCACAUGAUGGAGUUCAGUUUUCAGUUGCUGCAGCAGGAGGAAUUGGGAAGUUUACGGCCUUACAUACCCUCGGUGUCGUCAAUAUUGGUGGUGCAGGUGGGAAGCACGUCCUCAGAGAGCUCAAGAAGCUUACCCAAUUGCGCAAGCUAAGAUUGUGCGGCAUCAACCAGAGAAACUGGCGGGAUUUUUGUUCUUUCAUCUCAGGAGAUGCCCAUCUGGAGUCUUUAUCGGUUCGACUCGAUCAGGAGGAGACCACAAGUGCUCCUCAAGUCUUUGGUUGUUUCAGUGACAUCUCCGAGCCUCCCAAGAUGCUAAAGACACUUAAAGUGUACGGGAAGAAGGCCCACAUAUCUCCAUUAUGGGUGAAGCAGCUUCACAAUCUCACAAAGGCUGAUCUUGCGUACACCAUAGCGACCCAAGAGGACAUAGACUGCCUGUUAGAUUUGCCCCGUCAAGAAAUCAUUCAAGAAAUCAUUCAACGUGUUUGUGUCAAGCCGAUUAAAGACGGCGAGCUCAAGUUUGGUGCGUUUGGCAGUUUCAGCAAUCUGCGCUAUGCCAUCAAAUUCAAGAAGCUGAAGAUUGAUUGCAGCUACAGGUCAAAGAUAGUAUUUGGACCACUGAUACCGUCGUAUGUUCAGGUUCUGGUGGUUCACUGCUCUUCUAUUACUGGGUCAUCAUUGGAGCUUUCUGGGCUAGAUAAAUUAAUGUGCCUCGAGGAAGUGCGGCUGAAGGGUUCCUACAGCGAAGCAGUCAAGCAACACUUGCAGCAAAAACUUGACGAGCUAGUGCCACUACUAAAUCAGAGAAGACCUGUCCUGAAGCUGGAGUAGCAACCACAUCAGUCAUGAUGAAAUGAUUGGUCGGUACUGUUUGUUAAUUUCCUUUCCUUUUCUUCUGCUCUAUCUAUGUGUAACCGACACUAACAAACUCCCAAAUCAACAAGUUAAUUACGUAUGAACUUGUAUGCCCUGGAUAUCUUAUUUCUUCUCUG